GGAAGUUGUGGGAAAGAGUCGGUGGCUGGAGGUGCGUGAAGCUUUUUCGGUUGGAGGAAGUGAGCGCAGCGUGGCUGGUUAGCCAGUUGGCCGGCCGGAAGAAUCGUGGCAGGUACUGCUGAGUGACGGCCUGGCUCGUCCAGGGCAGGUUGUAAGCUUCACGCCCCGAGAACGCAGCGCCGGUACAGUCUCAGAAAUGUCAAAUGCAAAAGAGAAGAAAAGGGCCAAGAAGAUGAAAAACCAGCCUGCCAGUGUGACCUUUCCCUCUGAAAGUGGGUCUGGCCAGAGUGAAAUGUAUUUUCGGAAUGGUGAUGACAGAACUACUCAACGCAAGAAACAAGAAUUGCACUUUGAAACCUCACAGCAGGGCUUCUCACAUCAAAAAACUACCCAUGGAAUGCCCAAAUAUGUAACAGUGUCUCCUUUCAUUCAAGCUCGUGCUGCAGAAAUAAAGGCUAUGUUAAAGGCUGUUACACAGAAGUCUUCCAAUACCUUAGUGUUUCAGUCUCUUCCUAGACACAUGAGGAGACGAGCUAUGAGUCACAAUAUCAAACGCCUACCCAGACGACUCCGUGAACUUGCCAGAAUAGAGGCAGAGAAACCUGAACAUCAGAAAAAGGAACUCCCAAAGAGUAAGUGUCGUAAAGCCAGGCGGCGUCAUACAGAUUUGGUGGCAGUGUUCAAUCACAGGCAAAAGAAGAAUAUCUGGCUGGAAACACACAUCUGGCAUGCAAAACGCUUUCACAUGGUGAAGAAAUGGGGAUACUGCUUAGGAGACAGGCCCACAAUGAAGAGCUAUAGGGCCUGCUAUCGAGCCAUGGCAAACCACUGUCUCCUUCAGGAUUUGUCUUAUUACUGCUGUCUGGAGUUGAUUGGAAAAGAGGAGGAGCUUCUAACGCCACUUGCUAAAAUGUGUAAUGUAGAUACAGGACCAACAUUUGCAGCUGCUCCUUGUCUGUCUGGGAAACGCCAGGGAGCCCUUACUUUGUACCAGGCAGAUCAAUAUCCUCAGGGUGCACUUGGCCCUGUUACUUUUAUUUGGAAACCUAAAAAUGGAUCUCUUGCUACCUCUGACAGCAGGCAGCUGUGGAUAUGGAUGCACCCGGCUUUCAAACAGGACAUACUGGCUGAGCUAAAAGUAGUUUUUCAGUGUCCUGAGCUCACAGAGUCCUGUAGCCCUGAACCUGUUGUAACAUUUCCUGAAGAAGAAAGUAAAGUGGAUGUCAGUGUAAAUGUUGGCAAGAAGAGGAAAGGAAAAGGAGGCAAAAACGUUAUUCCAGUAAAAAAAAUUAUUGGUGAUGGGACUAGAGAGACCCACAAGCCAUAUUGUUGGACAUCACAAACUACUGGGGUUGUAAUAAGGGAUUUGACAAUGGAGAUCCUCCGAUAUCGGUUGAUUGGUCCCCUUUCUCACUGUGUUCUUGCAGAGGCACUCAGAGUUGCAUCUGUCCAUACAGAACCAGUUUCUACAAAUCCUGAAAUUAACAGUUGGUGGAUAGAAAAUUGCAGAAACCCUGAUCAGGUAUUGCUUCAUCACCAUCAAGAAACUAUCUUUGAACUGCUGCAAGGGUUAGGUUCAUCAGACCUUCCAUCAGGUACUGUACUAGGUUUGACUGUUGGGGAUCCUCGAGUGAAUUUACCAAAAAAGAGAUCAAAAGUCAUGCCAAAACCAGAAAAAUAUCAAGAAGAUAAAGCCAAACAGCUCAUCUUGGAAGGUGUGCCUGUGGAGUGUGCGCAGAGCUUUCUCUGGGACCCCCAUGUCUGCAAAAGUGUCACAGACAAUAAAAUGCCGGAACAGGACUUAAAUCUUCUGAGAAGUCAGCUCUUGGUACCUGGGUCGCAUCUUGACUUGGGCCCCCGAGAAUCCAAGAUUCCUAUACUCCUGGUUCAGCAGCCUGGAAAAACAGCUGGAAAAGAUCGACCAGGAUGGGGAAGUGGCUGGGAUAUUUAUUUGCCUAAAGGUUGGGGCAUGGCUUUCUGGCUUCCUUUCGUAUAUCAGGGUGCACGAGUGGGGGGCUUACAAGAAGCUCUGAAGCAUUCUCUAUAUAAGCGAACACCACAUGCUCCACAGGAUUAUCCAGACUGUCCUGCUGGCAUCCAAUUUGCCAGAGAAUUAGAGAGAAAUCUUCUCGAAAAGUUCAAGAGGCGCCCUCCUGCUAAAAGAGCAAAUUAUGUAAAAUAUGGAACCUUGGCACCAUUCCUCUGUCCUUGGGAAAAACUCACCAAGGACUGGGAAGCUAGAAAUAAAACUCAUGGAAAACACAUGCCCACAUCAGCCAUGGACACUGAAGCUUGUACAACUGAAGAACAGGUUUCUUGUGGCCCCAGUUCUGGAGCAGAGGUGGGAACAACUGUUAUCAGCAGCUUGAAUCAGCCAGGAGAGACUUGCUUCCAAAACACGCAGAUGAAAGAAGGGAUAAAAGUGGCUACAUCCCUCUUGGAUAACUCUGUCACAUCAAGCCGGGCCUUCUGUGUUCUCAGGAGCAGAAAAUUACUAAGGCAGCUAUCAGUCUGGUGUCAGCCUACAUCUGGCAGAAAUCAGAGAAUCCAGCGCCUUGCUUCCAAAGUAGAUCAGAAGGAACUGACUGAAGAUGCCAUUUUGACAAUCUGUCUAUGUUAUCCCAGGGCACUAGUGUGGGUUAGCCUGACUUUUCUCAAAAAAGGAAGCCCUGAAUUGCACACCAUGAUUUGCAUUCCAGCGAAAGAUGACUUGUUACAGCUCUGCAAAGACCAGAACUUUUGUGGGCCUCAAGAACCUAAACACAGUGACCAAUUUAAGGGCAAAGUGUUGAAACAAAAGGAAAGAAAAAAGAAAGAGAACAUUGGGAAGUCCACAAGAAGUAGUGCUUCUGAUGCCAGGAAUGUAACACCAACUGAGCAUAAAGAUCUCACUCUGGGCUUAUGGCCAGAUCCUCUGCCGGUAGUUGUAUCACAUUGUUCCCGAGUCCUCUUGGGUUUUGUCACUCAGGGGGACUUCUCCUUAGCUUCUGGCUGUGGUGAAGCUCUGGGAUUUGUUAAUCUGACAGGAUUGCUGCAGAUGUUGAUUAGCCAACCAGCAGACAAGAAAGGGCUGGUUUUGUUAAGAAAUCCAGCAUCACUACAGUACAGAUUUGCUAAGCUUAAUAUUGAAGUCUAGUUUGAAUUGAAAUUCAGUGGUAUAUAAAAUUAGCAAAUAAACUAUUCUCUCAGAGUGUACACACUUAAUUUAGACCAAGAACUUCCAAAUACUUAAUUUAGACCAAGAGCUUAAGGGUAAUUCUGUGCACGUUAGAAAAAAGAAUUGUAGACUGGGAAGUGUUGGGUGUUGUAGGAUUCCUUUUGUCUAAACAUGCAUAGAAUUGCAUGUUCUAAUUAUGUAUAGUUUUAUACUAAAUAAUCCCUUUCCUUGUUCAAAAACAUACAUAUAUUCUGAAUGAGUAAGGUUUUAUUAAGCAACUAGUAUUUCUUGUAUGUUUAAACAGUUUCACUCUUAAUUGCAAAAGGAUUUGCAUAAACUACAGAGCUCUGUCCUCCCAUCUCAUGCAAGUGCAGCCACUAAUGUAUGCUUCAAAGAAUUAAUUAUUCUCUUCACAUAUUGCUAUCUUCUGAUCUUUAGGAUCAGGGUAUGUUACACAAUCAUAGACUGGACUGAAUCUGUCCAAAUGUUUCAAAUAAAAGUAUGUUAAUGAAGUUGUGAAUUAUUAAUUCCACAGAGACUUGGCUACCCACCUUAGCUUCAACUCUUCUGAACAAAUUGUAGCAUUUCUAUAUUCUGCUUUGGAGGAAUCCUCAUUAUUAAAAGAAGCUUGUUACAUUUUCCCUUCAAACCAUACUAUCCUUUAUGAUGGGAAAGUGAAAUCAUGUCAAUAUGUUUUAAUUGCAAAUGGCAUUGAUUUAAAGGGAAAGUAAUAUUCUUCACUAAGUAUACUGGAAUAUUCAAAAGGUAAUAAAUUUGCCUACAGUAUAAGAUUGAUAUUUGUGUGUUGCAUUUUGAAGUUGCAUAUGAAGAUGUACUGGAAGGAGUUUUUGGUUUUCUUUAAAUCAUUUGGGCAACCUGUGGGUAUCCUGAUGUUUCAGACUGAAACUCAUCCCUUGCCACUGGCUAUAUUGAUUAGAGUUGAUGGAGGUUGUAGGCGAAAACACAGAGGACUGUAAGUUGCCCACCCUGGUAUUAAAUGGUAAUCUAACAA